AUGCGAGAGAAAUUCUACCGUUUGCACGUGAGAAAAGAUAAGUCAAACGAGUUCGUUCGUUUGGAGAAGGGAGAGAUGACUGUUGAUGAAUAUUACCGAAAGUUUAUGGAAUAUAUUCAGUACUGUCCUGAUGAUGUUCCUACUGAGGAGAAAAAGAUGCAGCGAUUUGAACUGGGAUUGUCAUAUGACAUUCAAAAACAUAUUGAGACUGAUCGCUAUAACACCCUGGAACAAAUGUACAAGCGUGCGUCUCAAAUAGGGAAUAUUCUGAGGAAGGAGAAAGAAAAAGAGAAGAGUAAUGUCCCUGAGAAGAGGAAAGAGGUUGCAAGCCAGGCAUCAGGGAAUUCGUCGGACUUUUAUCAGAAGAAAGCUAGAACUUUCGGGAAUUUUCAGGAAGUCGGUCUAGUACAAAUUAUGGGUUUAGGGAGAGACGCGAUGCCUGCUAAGCCAUUACUAGACCGAGAUGGCAAUGAAAGGAAGUAUUUUUGUAGGAAAUGCAGGGGAAAUCAUCCGGGAAAGGAUUGUGAUGGGAAUUUGCCGGGUGGGCAACACCGGCAGCAGAAUUCGAAUAACUCCGGGAGGCAAGUCAACCAGCAGUACGAAAAUGGUAAUCAUGGAAACACUGCUCAGAGGUUUCAACGACCUGUUAGUGGGGGACAAGGCCGGGUGGAUGGAAACCGGAUCGAAGGGUCAGGUAUGCAACGUGAGGGUAAUCAAGUCGGAGGAAUAAAUGCACAGCCGAUUGGUGGACGAGCAUCUGCCGUAAGUGCAAGGGAAGCUGACCAAGCAAUGGAUGUAGUUAUAGGUACGUUCACCAUUCAUUCUGUAGCUGUAAAUGUACUUUUUGAUUCGGGUGCAACAUGUUCUUUUCUUGCAAAGAGUAAGGUAGAGGAGUUGAAUGUAGGAACGUUUAAGAAAGUUUCUUAUACAGUGGUUGUUCCAUCGGGAAAAUUGUACAAUUAUGAUAGAUUGUAUAAGGAGGUACCCUUGAGAAUAGGGAAGGUCAUUUUUCCUUGUGACUUGUGUGUGUUAGACAUGGAAGGCUUAGAGGUAUUUUUGGGGAUGGACUGCCAAGUGGGGAACAAGGAGGAGGAUCCUAAGAAUAUUGCAGUGGUGAAUGAAUUUUUAGAUGUUUUCCCUGAUGAAAUUCCCGGCAUGCCACCUCAAUGGAAAAUUGAUUUCAUAAUAGACUUGGUGCUUGGGACGGGACCAAUUUAUAAAGCCCCUUAUCGCAUGGCUCCGAAGGAGAUGGAGGAAUUAAAGUCUCAACUUGACGAAUUAUUGGACAAGGGUUAUAUCCGACCUAGUGUUUCCCCUUGGGGGGCUCCAGUUGUUUUUGUAAGGAAGAAGGAUGACAGUUUAAGAUUAUCUUUUAGAACACGUUAUGGGCAUUAUGAGUUCACUGUGAUGCCUUUUGGAUUAACAAAUGCUCCAGCUUCAUUCAUGUGUUUGAUGAAUCAAGUAUAUAGUGCGUUUUUGGAUAAGUUCGUGGUAGUCUUUAUUGAUGACAUAUUGGUCUAUUUGAAAGACCGGGAUGAUCAUGAGAAACAUCUACGUUUAGUCCUUCAAACCCUGCGAGAAAACAAGUUGUACGCAAAAUUGUCAAAAUGUGACUUGUGGUUGGAAAAGGUCUCAUUUUUGGGACAUUUUGUUUCUAAGGAGGGCGUCUCGGUUGAUCUGGAGUUAGCUACUAUAGUGUUUGCUCUCAGAAUACGGAGGCAUUACUUGUAUGGCAUAAAAUGUAGGAUCUACACUGAUCAUUAG